GUUGGUGGAGGUGGCUGAGCGCAGUCGCGGUGGGCUACGAACCCGGCGACCCGAGUUCGAUUCCCGCUCAACACCGGUGGUGACGAGUAUCUCUGAACCGGUCCCGGGCCUCCCCCUCGUUCGACUAAAGUCUUGCACCAGGGCGGUAGAGCGGAGCCGCGGCGUGACCACGAGCAGGAGGAGGAAGAGAGAUCAUGGCAGAAAAUGUGCAGCGGCGCCUGGAGGAGCGAAUCCCAGAGCUGGAGCAGCUGGAGCGAGUGGGGCUCUUCUCCAGCGGCGAGAUUAAGUGCAUCUUGAAGAAGGUGACGGCGCAUGAGUACCGCCUGGAGCGCCGGGCGAUCAGCAAGGACGACUUCCUGAGCUACGUGCAGUACGAGAUGAACCUCCUGGAGCUCAUCAGUAAGCGGCGGAAGCGCACGGGCUACAGGUUCAAGAAAGAAGAGAUCGAGGUUGCGAGCAUCCGUCGCAUUAACAAGCUGCUGACGCGCGCCACCAACAAGUGGAAGGAGGACGUGCAGAUGUGGCUGACGCAAAUCGACUUCUGCAAGCAGUGGAAAUGCCGCCAGCAGCUGGGCAGGACUUUCACUACGAUGCUCGCGAUCCAUCCCAGCAAGCCUGCGCUGUGGAUUCUGGCAGCCAAGUGGGAGAUGGAAGACAACAAGUCCUCAGAGCGAGCGCGGAGACUCCUGCUGCGAGCGAUUCGUUUCAACCCGGAGAGCACCAAGCUCUACCAGGAGUAUUUCCGCAUGGAGCUGAUGCACGCGGAGAGGCUGCGGAACGUACAGAAGGUGCUGCAGCUCGCAAAGAUAGAAACGACCAAGGAGGACUUCCCGGACAACGUUCUCAGCGGGGAGAUCGCGCAACGCGUCUACCAGAACGCCUCCAGGACGAUCUCAGGUGUGAAGUUCCACAUCACGCUCCUAUCCAUCGCCAAGUCUUUUGACUUCACGAAGGAGCUCCAGAAGGAGAUCUGGGAGACCUUGAAGAGCCGGCACCCCGACGACCACCGUACGUGGGACGUGGUGGCGCGCCGCCAGCUGAGGGCCCAGGACGACAUGGCCGCCUCCGCCGACACGUCGGCCGCGGGGCCUGACGGCGACGCCGGAGGAUCGGGCACGACGGCCUGGACGGGCGCCGUGGCGCGCUGCGUCGCCGUCUACGAGGAGGCUGUUGCCGCUCUGCCCACAGAAGCCAUGUGGAGCUGCUUCAUCAACUUCUGCCUGCGAAGGAUGUCCAAGAGUUCCAAAGCAAACCUAUUGGCCAAGCGGAAGGCACAGACUCUGGUACUGUUUGACCGGGCUCACCAGGCCAGCUUGCUGUCGGAGAAGCUCUACAAGAGAUGGGCUCAGAUACUGCUGGGCGAGCACCAGGAGAAGGAGGCGGGCAAGGUGACACAGCUGAUGUGCGAGCGCUACCCGCUCUCGCGCGACGCCUGGCUCUGCCACCUGCGGCUUCGCGUCGGGGAGUCGAGCGCCGACGCACCGCGCCUCUUCCAGGAGGCCACCGAGCGCAUCCCUGACAAGAAACUCCUGCCGGUGAUCAUCCUUUGGCUGAAAUGGAGCAACGCCAAUCGGCCCGAGGCGGAGACUGAGGCCCUGUACCAGAAACUAGCUUUGAGCUCAGCACGGAAAGUGUCGAUAUCGGUCAAGAGGAGGUUCCUCAACUGGGCCUACAAGCAUGGAGGAUACAAGAAAGCCCAGAGCGUCUUCCAGAGUUUCCAGGAAUGCAGGCCCCACUCGGUGGAGUUUUUCCAGCGGAUGAUCGCAAUCGAGAAGGAACAGGCCGCCGGUGGGCACAUGGAGAAGCUUCGCGAGUUCUACGAGCGGGCGCUGCGCGAGUUCGGUGCCACGGAGCCUGACCUGUGGCUGGCCUACAUACUGGAGGAGCGACGUCACCCCAAGGGGCGGCCUGAGACCUGCGGCAAAAUCCACUGGCGCGCCGUGCGGACCCUCGCGGCCGAGCACGUGGACUCAUUCAUCUCGCGCUUCGCGCUCAUGCAGGCUGGGCAGCUUCAGUAGCGCCCGCAAUGCCAGGCGCCCGCGACUCCACCCUGCCCCCUGUGUUUCCCCCCCCCCGCCCCCCAUUACAGGCGAGUCCACAACCGAGCGGUGCAACGAGUCGCUCGCGCGUGGACUCGUGCGACGUCCACACGUGGACAGCCAAUUUAAGUUACAUGGUUUCAAGAGUGGUUGGGUUGCGCAAUCGAUCGCUCGGGUGUGGACGCGGCUUUACAGGAAAGGCGCGGUCCAAAAAGGGUCCCAGAGGGAAGUGGACAUCGUUUAGUUUGCGGCAGUGCCGAUCCACGCGUGUUGCGUUUACUUCGGUUUUGCCACACAGUUCCACACUGCCACGAUUACUGUCAACUCUGUGUUGAGGCGCGUGGCACAAGCCAAGGUGCGCGUCUUGUACUCACGGGGUUAGUGUGGCCCCUGCAGCCACUGGAGUGAGGAGCAUUCAUGCGGACUUUGUGCGACGUCUGCCCGCACCUGAAGUCGUUCUGCAUCACUGACUGCUGCAUCCUCAAUCUUCUCAAGCUUAACCCCAACUCGACCAUUUUAGCGUCCCUCAAUAACAGCCAGGCCACACCGAGGGUGGAUAAAAUCUGAGUCGAGUAGAAUUAAAAUACUUGCAUACAACGUUCAUUGCUCGACAACGAUCCUUAAGCCGUUAAGCUCAUGGUACACCAAUAGGAUUGUGCGCACGAGUAUCAGUAAUUCACAAUGUAUACAAAGCGUCUUGAAAUUUUAAGGGUAAUCGAGUCCUGAGCCCAGAUUGUGACAAUUGAUCAGGUCAGGGUAAUGGGAUUAAAUUGCAGAAUGCAAAAAAUUCAGAAUAUACAAACUGCCAAACUUGCCUGCUGCUGCCAACAUGAUGGAAAGUGCCGUUUAUUUGCGACUGCAUGUUUGUGUCUUGCAGGGUGACAUUUGGCAGGGGCUGCUACUAUCAUCGAGUUUUGAACUUGAAUGACAAAACAAAACUAAUCUCCACGGUGGCUAGGAGAUGUUAACUUCGUCACCUGAUAUACAGGAGGUUGUGGGUUCAAUACCAACCCUGAUGCCUGCUGUAUAUGUGGUUCAUAAUCAACGUUUUUGGGUUUAGAUCACGUUAUUUAUAAAUGUGUUGUAACCCUCCA